CGUCAAACUACUGUAAACAGACGAAACAAAUGUUUGGCUGUGGGAGGAAUCACCAUGCAUGACUUAGUUAAGCCUGCAUUAACAUGAAGGAAGAUGCAAGCAACAGAGCAAAGACCUGUCCACUGUGCUACAGCCUCUGCAAAAUCCGAAGAGGGACGACGCAACGACACGACGGAACGGAAAGAUAUUACAUAGAGCAGCUGCAGCGGACUUGGCCAGCAAACACCUCCACAGUCAUUCAGCCAUAGCGGUGCCAGAGAUAUCCAGCAUGCGUGCAUUGGUGGUUGUGUCCCUGCUGGUGUGUGCAGUGGUGUGUGUGAGCCAGGUAAGGGCGGAGGUGAAUGCAGUAAAACUGUGCGGUCGAGAGUUUCUGAGGGCCGUUGUCUACACCUGUGGAGGCUCCCGCUGGAGAAGGCUCCUCAGUGAAUCAGAGAUUGAUGGGCCGGGUUUGCCCGCAGGCGAGCAGACCAGUUUGCAGAGCUUGAGCAGCAGCCUGGGCAGCGAGCUGGCCAGACGGGACAUCAACACCAUACUGACCACAGUGUGCUGCCAGGUGGGCUGCAGAAAGAGCGACCUCACCUUCCUCUGCUGAGGCCGCCUCUCCCCCGAGUCAUCAUCAGCCAACAAGCCAACCGCAUCCACAUGCUAGCCACUGUACCAAUAAAAUCACAAUGUGGACAUUAGAGAAAAUCAAAAACUGGUGUAUUUUGAUGUCACAUACAAUUCCACUAUUUUUAGAUCGCUAAAACAUUUUUUUUGAGAGAUAUUUUGUUUAAC